AUGGCCAAGCAUCAUCCUGAUUUAAUCAUGUGCCGGAAGCAGCCCGGGAUUGCGAUUGGGCGUCUUUGCGAGAAAUGUGACGGCAAAUGCGUAAUUUGCGACUCGUAUGUGCGCCCCUGCACCCUUGUCAGGGUGUGUGAUGAGUGCAACUAUGGCUCGUUCCAGGGCCGCUGUGUCAUCUGUGGUGGGGUCGGUAUCUCAGACGCGUACUACUGCAAGGAGUGCACGCAGCAAGAGAAAGAUCGAGAUGGGUGUCCCAAAAUAGUAAACCUGGGGAGUGCCAAAACUGAUUUGUUUUACGAACGUAAAAAGGAACUUUCGCAAAGUGUUCGAUGUACCUCUCGAUGGCCGCCACCGACCCCAAAGCUUUUUCUCAAAGACUUCAAGAUUCUCCUCCACCGCCGCGACAUGGCGCUCACCCGUCUCCGCUCGUCCUCCGUCGAGGCCAAUAUCGAUGUCGCAACGACAUCAAGCCCUAGCCCCGAGCUCAUUUUUGCUAAUACCAUUUCAAUUCAUGGAGAUAGCGAGGUGAAUAAAAUCAAUGGUGAUAAUCUUGCGAGCAAUCACUGUUCUAAACCUGAAUUGCUAUUGAAGGGGAAUUUAAAGGAAGAAGUGAAUGAGGCAAUGAUAGAUGAAAGAAGAUAUUCAUUGAAGAAACUUAUGGUAUAUCAGUAUAUGUGUCCGUCUGGGAUCUGUCCGCGCACGCCGAUGACCACCGUGAGGAGCCAACGACGCCCGCAAGCAGUCGUGCAUCAUCCCCGCACACCCUGGCGACCACUGCACGCAGCCGCGAUGCCGUCUGACCUGUCGUACAUGCGCGAUGACCCCGCGCAGCCUGGCGACCGUACAUCCCCGAUCCAUGUGCUCCCGGCCAACACUCCCGACGAGCUUUUCGAGUCCAACGAGAAGAAUUCGACAGCCCAACAGAUUUUGAGUUUAGAAGAUCUCCUAGAAAGGAAAUCUACAACGACUUAG